UCAUUGGACAGGGCAUUAAUAGCUAGGUAAGCGUGGAGCUGUUUAAUAGUGGCGAAGAUAACAGUCGUGGAAGAGACAUGACGGUGUCUCAAGCUGCUAAUGGAGCCCAAGCGAAGCCUCCUACGGAAGAGGCACAACGGGUAUUUCCGAUUAAAGUGGAGUCAGAAUCAGAAUCAGAAGUGGAAUUAGGUAGUAACAUCACUGGAAAUGAGCUACUGGAUUUUCUUAAGCCACAGCAAGACCAGUUUUAUGAUCAAUUUUAUGAUUCACUUCAGGAUCUCAAAAGGAAAAACAGGCAGAGUUUGUUAGAAUUAGGACUCUUAUAUCAAGAAAAACUGAAAAAUGCUCAUCACUCACCCAGAAAAGACAAAGAACUAGAAGAUUUUUUCCAGGACAAUGGAAGACUAAUACUGCCAAUAAAAUUCCAGAAUGAUCUGAGGUGUGGUAAUAUAAAAAGUUGGAACUCUUUCUCUGAUAUCACUUUAGAUAGUUCAAAAGAUGAGAAAAAUCAUUACUCAUUUCUUCAGUCCUGUUCAAAACCAAAGAGCGCCUCAGCUCUUGGGAUUUCCUCCCUCACAAUUCCUCAGCCCUUCAACAUGACCCGUCGAGAAACUCAUCAAAAAUCUCAGUUUCUAACAUCACAGGCAUUGCUUGAAAAAGAGUCAACUGCAUACAAAAGGCAAUUGCAAGAGGCUGCAGAAUGCCAAAAACAAUUUAGAGCACAGCCGGUGCCUGCUCAUAUCUAUCUGCCACUCUACCAGGAAAUAAUGGAAAAGAAUGAAAUCCGUAGACAAGUAGAAACUCAAAAAAGAAAGGAGCUGCUAGUUUCAAUGCAAAAACCCUUCAGCUUUCAGAUAAAAGAAGAAAAGAGAAAAGAGGCCACCAGACAGCAGUUUCUGAACAUCUUAACCCCAGCUAAGAAAAUAGCACCAAAGUUCAGGAAGAAUAUCCCCAAGUCCACAUAUGAGCCAAUGCUUGGGGAUAAACUUGAAGAAGCUGAACUCUUAAGAAAAAUCCGUAUUCACUUGAGAGCCAAGGAAUUAUUGGAAAAGUCUGGGGCUCCCAUUGAGCUUGACAAUAAGCAGAGGGAUAAAAAAUCCCAAAUUGCCUCCAAAAAUAGAGAGCAAAAGUUGAGUUUUCUGCAAGGCAACUUUAGUUUUAAGCCAAGAAUUAAUACUUCAGUGCCUAAUUUUGAAGAACUUUACUGGGCAUUUCAGAGAAAAGUAGUAAGCAAGCAAGAAAUUAAAGAAGCAACUCGAAACAAACCAUUCAGACUGAGAACAGCAAAUCUCAGUUGCAGACAUAAAAUGUGUGACAAGAUGAUGGAUUUUCAGCAACCUUCUACAGCACCAAUACAAAGAAGUCGGUCUUUUAAUUGUCUUUCAUCCCUUUCUCCCAAUACACUUCCAAUAUAUAUUACAGAUGCAGUGAGAAAGAGGGCAGGUGCUAUUAAACUCCUGCAAGAAAAUAAGAAAUACAAGGAGAAUGAAGGAGCUCGCUGGGCAGAGCUACAAAGAAAAAAAUGUCAAGCAAUAUAUAAAUCAGUGACUUGUCGAGCAAAAGCUAUGGAUCCACAUAAAAGUUUGGAAGAGACACACAAAGAAAAACUGAAGCAAAACUGGCAAAAUGGCCAAAAAAGGACAAGAGAGUAUAAGAAAGAACUAGAAGAGAUGAAGAUGCGCGUGAAGAACAGACCUUACCUAUUUGAACAAGUCGCAACACAUAGUGCCUGUCAAGGAGCACAGAAGCUUUUUAAAGACACCUUGCAGCAAUUUGGAUUAAAUGAAGAGUUUGUGAAAAAGAAGGGGCAAGAAGCCACUAACACAGUAGAAAAGCAACAGGAUUUUGAAUUGAAAAGAAAUCACAAAUUCCAGAGCGGUACUGAGGCUGACAUCAUAAAACAGCUAUCCGAAGAGGGUCUAAAAAGAUUGGAAUUAAAGUAGAAACAACUAAUAAGUCUCCAUUUGCUUUGAGCAUAUUUUCUUUCGAGGACUAGAUUUCUGCAGAACUGAAGCUAAUAAUAUAAUAUUAUGUAAUUAUAUUAGAACACGUGACUUUGAAGUGUUCUAGUUAGCAAUAUGACUUGAGGCAGUUUUAAAUUUGGCUAAUGCUAGAUUUUGAAAUCUUGCUUAAAUGAAGAUUGCCAAGAGGGUGAAAGGAGUUGUAUAUAUAUAUAUCAGUUAUCCCAAUCAGUUUGAAUUUGAAAGUUAAAGAAAUAUUUAAAGUUACUACCAUUGAUAAGUAAGGCUAAUCACAAAAUGCUCAUUUCCCACAAGCCAACUCAUGCCUAACAACCUAAGUAACAAUGAAUCCCAACAGUAAUCUCUUAACAUGCACAUACAACUGGGAAAAGUGAGCCUUCCAGAAAACAUUACCUUAUUUCUUCUAGCUCUUUUCUUAUGUUUAUGAUUUAAAAACCUUUUUCAAAAACUUGGCAUAGACCUUUUAGAUAAGUUUCAAAAAAUAACAAAAAUUUUCUAGAAUCGCAAUGAGUUCACUUGUUUUCAACCAAAAGACCUAGAUGCAAUCUAAAAUUUGCAGUUAAUUUAACGUGAAGACAAAAUUGCUUAAUGUAGAUUCAAAGGCUUUAGUAUCAAGACAGAAAACGUAAAUGUAGUCUUUUUCAAAGUACAGCCUUACACACUUGGGCUUUUGCCAAGAACACUUCACUAAAUAAUUGUACUGCAUCCCAUUUUCCCCCUCUCAAGUAUGUUCUUUAUUAAUUGGAUAAGAAUUUAGGGACAACUUAGUGCUUCUCUUAAAUGCGGUUUCUUUUUGAGUCAGUAUACUCAUUUCAAAUUAAUUUUAAUGUUCCAUUAGGGAGUAGCUAUCCUAAAUCAUUUCUUCUUCCUAGAAUUCAGCUCUGAACUGGGCUCCCUUGCCUCACCUCUCCCCACUUUGAAUGUAUGCCCUUCUUCCUGGAAACCUGCUGUUAAUGUAAUCUGUCACAGUUUUUGUUUUAUCUGCUUAUAAACGCAUUGUGUUUUUAAAGCUGUUACUCAUUUUGAUCCUCUUUGUAAUGCAAAGUGUAUUUGAAAUGCCACCAAAUAAAUACACAUGCAACCAUA